AUGUUCACUUCUACUCACUCGAUGUUUGUUCUCGUCCUUUUCUUUGCAUCUUUCCUCCUGGUUAACAGUCGUCUAAUUGUCACCGAAUGUCCGAGUGGAACUCCCACAUGUUCGCACGGUCGGUGUGUACAACGCAUAGGUUGGGAUGAAGAGAGUCAACCAGUGAACGAACAACGAUGUAUCUGCGAUCCUGACUACUACGGUGAGGCGUGUGAUCUCCUCGUUGUCUCAGAUUUCCGCAGUCCGGUGAUCAUCUCCCCUGACCGCGUUAAUGUGUUCGCUCUCGAUGAGCUGGAUGCUCCUGCUAUUCCUGAUCGUGUAAAUGAAAAACAUGCCUAUGGUGGAGCCGCCUAG